GAAGGACUAAUGCUCCAAGGGGAGAAUCAGGACCACUUCACUCCCCAGCAGGGCUGUUGUUUUUCUUCCAUGCCCUAUUUGUUUGCACUCCUGUGCGCAUAAGGACUCGUGCUCUUCGACCCGACGGACCCGGUCCAUCUGCGCCCGGAUCCCAGGACUAACCCGGCACGGAGUUUGGGUCUGAAACCGACAGAGAGAAGGAGAGGCGGACGGAGAAUGUGGGAGUGUGAGGCUGUUCAUGACCGAUGGAAUGAGCGGCUGUGAAAACUCUCCCAAACUUGUGGAGAAACUUUGCGCCGGCGCCUCCUUCCGUUUGGUGGGUUUACAGACCACUUUCCGGCCCGGUUCCGGAAAUGUAUGGGUAAGGGGAGGCCGGUUCUGCUCUCCGGCUCAGACGGACCGGCGCUGACGGGCUUACGGGUUGGAACCGCGGUUACGCAGCGCAGCGCCCGCCGGUGGUCGGACGCGCACCGCCGGGCCUCUCCUCCAUCUGCCUCCGCGGAGAACCGGCACUAGCCCGAACCCCUCACAUAUGACUCUGGGCUGAGUUCGGCCGUUUGUCGGAGCCGCAACAAUGGCACAGUGCGGCGCGGCGGCGCACAGGUCCGUGUGGCCGCUGUGCGCCGUGCUCCUGUUCUGCGGAUACUUGUCCAUGGUGUGUCCGUCCCACGGCCGGCGGAUCAUCUGCUGGAAGGCCAUCAUGAACUGCCAGGCCGAACCCGACUGCAAUUACGCAUACGAACAGUACACGCGCGCGUGCGGCUCGGUUCUGAAGGGGGAGCGGAGGAAGUGUCCCAGCCACUGCAUCUCCUCCCUGGUCCAGCUCAACCUGACCAAAAACGGACCGGCUCUGGAGGACUGCAGCUGCGCCCGGGACUCGGUGUGCACCAGCACCAAGCGGGCCAUCGAGCCGUGCCUGCCCCGGACCACCAGCACCGGCUGCACCGAAGCCCGGCGCCAGUGCGAGAGGGACGCGCAGUGCAGCUCCGCCAUGCACGACUACCUGAAGCACUGCGGGAAACUGUUCAGCGGAGCCAUCUGCACCAACGCCUGCCGCAACGUGAUCGCCAACAUGCGCAAAAUCCCCAAGGGUCAGCAGCUGGACACCUGCAUGUGCGACGGCACCGAGAGGGCCAUCUGCGAGUUCGUCAAAGCCAGUAUGAAAACUUUGUGCUUCGACUCUCCGGACAGAGAGGAGAGCAGCGGCUUCCGGAGCGACCCGGACAGCGAGGACGACGAAGACGACCCGGAUCCGGACUACAUGGAGGAGCCGGAGAGCGGAGGGGCCGCGGCACCGGGGGCCCGGUGCGCCCUGACCCUGAUGGCGUCCAUCUGGACUCUGCUGGCCCUCAUUGGAUCAUAACCUGGACCCGACUAAUGUCUGGAUAUUAAAGACAGGCCUGGUGUGGACCGAGACCAGAAACCCUGAAGGAUUUCAAAGCGGGAUAUGUUCUAUGCAAAUGAACCAGAGGUGUGUGUUCACAGGUGUGUGUUCACAGGUGUGUGUUUGAAGCUGCUUCUCUCCUCCUCAUCAGAUGCUUCUUUGCUUUUGUGAUAAACUCAUUUAGAUGACUGUCCACUUGUCUUUAAGUCACAGACUCUGAUAGGACAACACUUUGGUUUAUAUAUAUAAAUAUAUAUAUAUAUAUAUAUAUAUAUAUAUAUAUAUAUAUAUAUAUAUAUAUAUAUGCUGUGCACUGCCAAUCCUCUUUGAAACAGAUAUGAACUAUUUUUGUACAACAGACGUUGUCGUCGGUGUCAGACUCUGAUUUACAAGUAUUUAAUGCUGGAAUCUAUGAACUUGUAAAUACAGUCGAUUAAACAGUAAUUUAUUACCACCUAGUUCCAUCCAAAUGUGCAUCAUGUAAAUAGAAAAUUCCAGCUUUAAAGGGAAGUUCUUUUGUGUUUUCUCUUCAAAGAUCAUGUACAUUGUAUAUAUGUUUAUAGCCUAUAUAGAUUUUUUUUCAGAGAAUCCUCUAUGUUUUAGGCUAUGAGAUGAUUUAUUUACUGUGUAGAGAAAGAAAUGUCUAAAUCCACUGUAUGAUUGCCUUAAUGAUAUACUUUUAUAGAAGGCAUAAAGAAAACUUGAAGAUAAUAUUAUCUUGACUGUGAGUUAUUUGUUGAUCUGAAAAUCGAAAUCUUCACAGUGUUGUGCCUCCAUCCGAUGGAAAUGUCACAUCAUUUAUAGUGAUUUUAUAACAUUUGUCUCUCAGUCCAUUAAAGUUCAUAUAAAGACAAAGUUUUUAUAAUUAGCAUAGUGACAGAAAAGCAAACAGAUGCUUUUUGUAAAAUCAGAUGGUAUUUGAUCUGUUUAAGUUACAGACGUUUGUAACGUUAAUUCAUACAAUCAGUUAAGAAAUAAAACUAUGGAAAACAGACC